AUGUCACAGAAACCAGUGAUUGAGAAGGUAGAGAAUAUUAACACUAACACCAAAUUUAUUGGACUCCAAACGUUGCACUGGAGAGACCAGGAGGGUAAGCAACGAAAAUGGGAGAACGCAUAUCGUACUACAAGGUCAGAGGGAGGCGUAGAUGCCGUUUCCAUCGCAGCUGUACUUAAAUACAAGAAUAGUACUAAGCUGAGUGAUGUAAUACUAGUUGAGCAGUACAGGCCGCCAGUCGAUAGUAACGUUAUUGAAUUCCCAGCUGGUUUGAUAGACAAAGGUGAAUCAGCGGUACAGGCAGCCAUACGCGAGUUGCGCGAAGAGACAGGAUAUCAGGGAGACUCAAUUCGCGUGAUUGAUGAAUCGCCAGUAGUCGCAAACGAUCCUGGUAUGAGCAACGCGAAUAUGAAGAGCGUGACUAUAGUCGUAGAUGACAUUGAUGAGAAUGCUCCACCACCAUUACAGGAAUUAGAUGACGGCGAGCAUAUCGUUCGCCAUUUGGUACCAUUGAAGGAUCUCCAUAAAAAGAUACUUGAGUUCAGCGCAGAGGGAAAAAUAGUCGAUGCUCGUCUGUCUCACCUGGGUAUCGGACUCGAUUUGGCACAGAACGCAAGCACACUGUUCUAA